AUGGAUCAACAGAAGCGAUCCCCGCCCUAUGAGGGCCACUCGUCUGGCUCAGAGGCCAGGCAACUUACCCCCGGCGCGAAGAAGCGUCCAUCGAGAGCUGGAACACGCAGCGUCACGACGCUCACUGCUGCUCAGCUGGAGCGGAAGAGGGCAAACGACCGAGAAGCACAGCGUGCCAUUCGCCAGAGAACAAAAGACCACAUUGACACUCUCGAGCGCCAAGUUCGUGACCUCACAGCCCAGCUCGAGAACAACUCUUCUACCAAGAUGAUGGAUCUUAUCCGAAGAAACGAGGAGCUCGAGCAAGAAAACGGCAUGCUACGCGCACGCUUGUCGCAUGCAGUCUCUACCCUUGGUGUUCCAGAACAAGGUGCCGCAGGGGCACCCUCGCCCAGCGACCGCGUUCAGAUGCUCAGCCAGCCCCGGAGAAUGUCAACUGGGACUGCAAGAAGCGCACACUCUGUACCAGAGAUUGCGACGCCCGUCUCACAACCAGCACACUGGCAGCCACAGCACACAUAUGCUCAACAUGUCUCCUCACCACAUGUCGACACGCCACCAGCCAUGGGCGAAGUUCAACCGCCUCAACACGAGGCUGUUCGCUGGAGCCCUCAUCCUGGCCACCCACAGCAACAGCAAACACAGCAGCAACAACCGCAGCAACACCACCAGGUUUCGAUGCCAGUGCAGGAUCCAUCGGUUCAUGCAGUCGAGCAGCCGAGCAUGUCCUACCCGAGCCCAUAUGUCAUGGAGAGCAACGCCCGGGCCAUGUCGUAUCCUCUUGAGAACGCCUCCAUGGUCACGUCACAACCUAUGCCGAUGUCGGGAUACGGUACGCCCACCUCACACCCUUCUCCGCAUACUUCAGAGUACCAGCGACACAUGAGUGUCCCGAUGCACCAUCAAUCGGUUCAGGGCCAGGCUCCUGCUCAACAUCAGCAGCACCACACUUCGGCACCUUAUGGUUCAUAUGCUGUGGGACCCCAACAAGGCUACCCCCCACAGGUUAGCCAUGGCGGCGAAAUGCCCAUGAUGCACGCGCAACAUGGCCAAUCUCAGAUGAUGAAUGAGCAAGGCCAGCACAUCAUGUACCAGCCAUACCAAUCAAACAUGAAGGUUGAGCAUUGA